UAUUAAUCUCAACUACAAUUAGAAAUGAUGUCACAGAGCGCUCAAACAAUAGACUUGAAAACUCCGAGAACUAGUUGCUCCAAUGGAAUUCAUCAGGAAAGAACUGUCUGAGGAACCCUAAACAGUUUCGAGAUGGUUCAUGCUAGUUUUAGGGACAACCGAUAUUCACCGAGUAAACGUCCUUACAAGAGUCUAGAAAUUGAUAAAGAUCAAAUUGUUGAGAAAAUUGUGAAGAAAGGCAAAUCUAGUACUGUCAAACUCUCCAGAGAUAAGAAUUCUCAAAGUUCUCUCUUUGUUCGUGUAGUGGAUGAAGAUAAAAAUUAUGCUGACAGCGAAAAGGUCACUCAAAAGAUCCAGAAGAUUCUCAGUGACUUUAUGACACUAAAUAGUUCAUUAUCAUCUUAUCGACUCUUGUCUAAUAAAAUUACCCUAAUAAGGAGGUAUGGUCUUUCUAAAAUUAAAACGGCUGCUAAAUGGAGCAAAGUAAAUAAAUUCAGCCGCGAUCAAGAGGGAUCUCUCUUAACAGCUGCAGAUAGUGAUGAUGAAGCUAACUGAGAUGUUGAAGUUGAAACAAUUAAUUCACCUAACACUUGGAAUCAUUUGCUCCCAAUUGUGUCCUCCUAACCUAAUUUGUAAAAAAUUGUACCA